GGUCCUCCUGGACCUAAAGGACCUCAAGGUAGAGAUGGUAAUCCUGGUAUUCCUGGUCCUCAAGGGUUACCUGGACCAAGAGGACCAUCUGGAGAAAGUGGCAAAAAUGGAUUGCCAGGUCCUCCUGGACCUGCAGGACCACCAGGUCCACCAGGUGAAUCAUUUGGUUAUGAUGCAGCUGCAUUACAAGCUCUUUUAGGAAGUAGACAAGUCAAGGGACCAGAUCCUAUACUUGGAGAUGAACCAUUACAACUGUUUUCUUCUGAUACUCCACCAGAAGAGAAAAAACGAAUUGUUUUCAAAUUUUAUGAUAAAAUGGUAAAUGAAUAUAAAAAGUUUAGAAGACCAACAGGUAAACCAGAUGCUCCAGCAAGAACAUGCCGUGAUCUUUCUGAGAUGCAACCAGAGCUUCCAAAUGGAAUUUAUUGGAUAGAUCCUAAUCAGGGAACAAGCAAAGAUGCCAUUGAAGUUUAUUGUGAUAUGGAGAAUAAAGCUACAUGCCUGUAUCCUAUAUCUAAUGAAAUUCCCAAAAAAUCAUAUUACAAAGGAAGAAGUGUGUAUACCUGGUUUAGUGAAAUGAAUGAUGGUUUUACG